GUGAGCCAGGCCCCCUGUCAUCCAGAGCUAGAACAAACCUUCUCUGAGCCACUUACAGGAACAUCAGGCUUAGCUAGUCCAAUGACUUUAACGAAACAGGAUUUCAGUGCAGGACUUCCACCACCAUCUGAGCUGGGCAUUGCUGGCAUGGACAGCAGCAGAGGGAAGGAAAAAGCUGUGUUGGAAUCCUUGGCAGGAGGAGACGCCUUUGGAUCAGUGGAGCCUGUCAAAAAGCCCUCGGGAAGGCUGAUUAUGCACAGCAUGGCCAUGCUCGGCCGGGAGUUCUGCUAUGCGGUGGAGGCUGCCUUUGUCACCCCGGUGCUGCUCAGUGUGGGGCUGCCCAAGAGCCUCUACAGCCUGGUGUGGCUCAUCAGCCCCAUCCUGGGCUUUGUGCUGCAGCCGGUGGUGGGAUCAGCCAGUGACCACUGCACCUCUGGCUGGGGCAAGCGGCGCCCUUACAUCCUGGCUCUGGGCAUUCUGAUGUUGCUGGGUAUGGCUUUGUACCUCAAUGGGGACAUGAUGGUCUCAGCUUUGAUCCCCGAGCGAGGCAAGCAGCGGACCUGGGCCAUAGUGAUAACCAUGCUGGGCGUAGUGCUCUUUGAUUUUGCAGCUGACUUUAUCGAUGGUCCCAUCAAAGCGUAUUUAUUUGAUGUUUGCUCUCAUCAGGAUAAAGAGAAGGGUCUUCAUUACCAUGCUCUCCUCACAGGUCUGGGUGGUGCCCUGGGUUACCUAACAGGUGCUAUGGAUUGGGGGAAUUCUGUACUAGGAAGAUUUUUGGGAUCGGAAUUCCAGGUGAUGUUCAUCAUUGCGGCUUUGGUUUUCCUAAUCUGUCUUACUGUACACUUGUGCAGCAUUCCCGAAGCCCCUCUCAGAGAUGACAGUACAGAAACUAAGCUCUUGCUGAAAGUGGAUGGACCCUCCGAGUAUGGUUCCAUCGAGAGCGUCAACAAUGGUUAUUUAAAACCAGGAUAUGCUGAAAAAAAGAUUUUAUCUGAGUUGGGGAAAUCCACCGAAACACCACAGACACAGGUUCAGACACGGAUGACCGUUAAAUGCCUUCUGAAGGCAAUUUUAAGUAUGCCUUCCCACUAUCGCUGUCUGUGCAUCAGCCACCUCAUCGGGUGGACAGCUUUCCUUUCCAACAUGCUCUUCUUCACUGACUUCAUGGGACAGAUAGUAUACCACGGAAAUCCUUAUGCACCACAUAACUCCACAGCUUACCUUACCUAUGAAAGAGGAGUCGAGAUUGGAUGUUGGGGCAUGUGCAUCAAUGCAAUUUCUUCAUCGCUCUAUUCCUACUUGCAAAAAGCUCUUCUGCCUUGUAUAGGAUUAAAGGGACUUUAUUUCAUUGGAUACCUGCUUUUUGGGAUAGGCACUGGGUUUAUUGGACUGUUUCCCAAGGUAUAUUCUACUCUGGCUCUGUGCUCGCUCUUUGGAGUCAUGUCCAGCACACUGUACACUGUCCCAUUCAACCUCAUUGCAGAAUAUCACAGGGAGGAAGAGAGUCAAAAGGAACAGAAUGGAGGAGAAGCUGAGGCCACUGGAAGAGGGAAGGGAAUUGACUGCGCGGCGCUCACUUGCAUGGUGCAGCUGGCACAGAUCAUUGUUGGAGUGGGUCUGGGGUUCUUGGUCAGUGCUGCAGGCAGUGUAAUAGUGGUUGUGAUUUGUGCAUCUGCUGUGGCAUUAACAGGCUGUUGCUUUGUUGCUUUCUUUGUUCGGUAUGUGGAAUAGAACAGUGCAUAGAUGAAGGAAGAAAUCCCCACGGGAACUUUGUCACUCUUGAUCUGUAUCCAUUGGGUGCAGUUUCUACACUGAUAUUUUUAUAGCACGCUCUUCUUUCAUUGGCUGGAGUGGUUAAAAUUCCAGGGCAUUAUUUCUCCAGAGUGGAAAUACGUGGUAAAAUUGGUGGCCUCACUUCUCAGGCUGUAAGAUCUCUCCAUGACUUUCCUUCCUCUGCCCCAAUUUUGUGUUAACAUGUAAGCCACUUUCAUACAUGGCAGUGUAAUGCUCUUCAUCAUUAGUGGUAAUGCUCAUCAUUAGCCAAGCUGGAGAAGAGAAGAGAUGAAAUGUGUGGCAAAAAGAAUGUAUCCAGUAAGAGUGAAAGCUGGGGUUACUGAUCCCAAACUCCAAGGAGGUACUUUUAAGAUGGGGGUUCUUAGCCUGGGGUCAUGGUUCCAAGGAAGUGUCAAGGAGUCACACCCAGUGCUUAAUUUGUGCCAGGGCUGAGCCCCGGCACCUCUAGGCUUGGCAGUUCAUAGCCCCGGCACCUCUAGGCUUGUCACAUCAGUUAUGAAAGUAAAAAAAUUGCUUGAGGUCCAGCACCUAAUUGCUUGAGCCCCAGGACCUUCAUUAGAGAUUAAGCACUGGUCACAACCACUGUGUCCUUUCAGUAUUGCCAAAUGGGAGAGGGGUUCCGGCUAGAUGAGGAGCGGGCGUAGUAUGGAAAAGUGGAUCCUGGUGUGGAAAAGGUUGAGAAGUCCUACUUUAAGGUAUAUCCCACUACUGGACAGCUUUAUGUGGUAUGUUGUGCUUAUAUAAAUGUGAAAGAAUAACAUAGAACAAGAUUUUCAAACAUGGAUGCCUAGAGAUGGGCUCCUAAGUCCAUAUUGAGGCACCUAAAUAGGGAGUCAGUGGGGAGCUGCUGGGAGUUGAGCAACUUUGAAAAUCUAGCCCCUUGUUUAAAUGUCUAAAAUUAGGCACCCAUUUUUAAAAAAUCUUGGCCAAAAAUUCUAAAAUUUGUGAGCCACCUAAAAUGUUCAAGCUGAUUGAUACAGUACUUACCUUAACUGAAUGAAUUCAGACCUGUUUGCUCUCCUCUUUUGCACAUAAGAGUCUAACUUGAUCAAAUUCUUGUUUUGCUUCUUUCACAGCAUUCAACAGAAUAUUAUUGUAACUUAAUUCAGUUCCACAAAGCAUUACCAUGAAUUGUUCUAUAUCCACACCUCAAACCAAUAUACUAAAUCCUAUAGGCAAACCAGUCUACUUUUAUUUGAGUACAGAGCUUGCAUCUUUAUUUUCAUUAAAACACCAGAAUUUGUUACAGAAUUUGUCUCCUGAAUCAUUCCAUCCAGAUUCAAGUCAGUUUCAAAUUGGACCAUAAAAGGUUAAGAUUAAAGAUAUCUGAAUGAGCUUUAGAGACCUGAUUCUGUAUUCCUUACUAACUGGAGUCAAGUUUGGGGUACUUAAGAAAUACUGGACCAGACCUGUUAAGUUGUAUUCCUGGCUAAAAUGUAUCCAAAAGGAGCAUUGAGCUGCUUGCUUCCGAAGUGCAGCAUUUGUUUUUAAAGCGAAGUGUCUUUAUUUGUGGUGUGCAUCUUCUGUUCUGGUGCCGUUCCUAUCCAUGUCCCAUGUUAAGUGCUAAGCCACAUGAAGCCUUCUGUUAAUGCAAUAUUAUUACGCAAUCCCACAGUGAGGGAUCGUUGCCAGAUAUUUUUUCUAAAAAGUACUGUACGGUUCUGACCAGCACCAUUCAGUCAAAUGUGUUAUCGACUUCAUCGCACAUCGAAGUACCAGCAAGCGGCAUGAAGUGACCAACCCUGUGCGUGUUGCUCGGUUUUUGAUUUGAGUGCUUGGGUGUUUUUGUAUUGACAUGCCACCUUGAUGCAUUCUUUUAUGGUUUUCGACUCUGCCAAGCGUUUCACAUAAUGUUAUAAAACUCUCUUUCGCUCUCCCUGUCAUUGUGAUGGGGUGUCCACCCCACACAAGGCAGAGCAGCUUGUUGGGCUGCACUUCAGAGACAGUCAAGGCCUGAAAAGCUAACUGAUGAUGGAUCCCAGCUGGACAGGGGCAGGCUGUGCUUAGAAUCAUAGAAUAUCAGGAUUGGAAGAGACCUCAGGAGGUCAUCUAGUCCAACCCCCUGCUCAAAGCAGGACCAAUCCCCAACUUGUAUAAAGCCAGCAAGCUGAGAGCAGAAGAGGGCUGUAAGUGGCUGAAAGUAGCAUGCAGUCUCUCCCUGGGAAAAGGGAAGUGUGUCUGGAGCUAUAAAGUCUGGCAAGAAGCCAAAGAAAGGAAUAGUCUACAGUUAGUCCCUGGGAGGAGGGAGUUUGGGCCGGUAAACACAGAGGAGGGGGCUAGAAGAUAGAGCAGGGAAGUAGGAAUGAAUCUAGGGAAAUACUAACAGGGUUUGGGAGCAAGCAGCCUGGAGUUCCUUGACAGAGGGUCCCUGAACUGGAACCCGGAGUAGGGGAUGAGCCUGGGUUCCCUGACAGCCACUGAGAAAGUAAUGUAGGACCUGUCCUUGGAGCAGAAGACUGUCUAGAAUGGCAUGUGGGCAGCUGAGUGGGACUUUGAUACCCUGGAAAGGGAAGACUAUACAGGGAGCUGGCCAGAGGGCUGAGACAUGAAGAGGGAGAGCUGCGAGUCCUGGAGAGCAAGGGGUGGGGGAGGCUGUGUGAACAACGGUUGGAAGGGGGGCAUCGGACCUGAGUGGAGCUAAUUCUCAGAUCUAGCUACAAGGAGGCACCCAACAGUAAGCCUGUGGAGGUCAAUUAUCAAACGUGUUUCCUUGCUGACAUUUGGGACUUCAGUGAAGAAUCAUACUGGGGAAUUCCAGUCUCAAUCCUUGGGCAUCUGCAUGGUGUACCUUUCCCCCCACCCCCAACAUUGUUCUCAUCCCUCCUGAUAGCACAGCUCAUGAACCCCUCCCCCCCGCAUUGCAUUGCUGCCCGUUAACCUCUCUCCCUUAUUACCUCUGCUGUGUAAUUAUGGAGAGAGAACAUCAGUGGAGUCAGGCUGGGGGGCUCAAAGGGUGGCUUGUCAGCUCUGCAGCAUGUUCUCCCCUCCCACCUGAUCUUGCUGAAGUCCGUUUACCAAUGCUGUGUUGCAUUUGCGCUCCC